AGAGCCAGAACCCUUUACAGGCUUUUCUAGUUUCUUUCUUUCUUCCCAAGCUUCUUCUCUGCUUUGCUCGUUGAAUCCCCCUUCUCUCCUCAGUCUCCUCUCUUCGUUCAGCGCUCUUUUGUCCCCAUGUCGAUCUUCGAGUACAAUGGCAGUGCCCUUAUUGCAAUGGUAGGGAAGAACUGCUUCGCCAUUGCCAGCGAUCGCCGCCUAGGAGUUCAGCUUCAGACCAUUGCCACCGAUUUCCAGAGGAUUUACAAGAUUCACGAUAAACUCUAUAUCGGUCUCUCAGGCCUAGCUACCGAUGCUCAAACGCUGUAUCAACGGCUCGUUUUCCGUCACAAGCUGUACCAGCUUCGAGAAGAGAGGGAUAUGAAACCCGAGACCUUUGCCAGUCUUGUGUCCGCUAUUCUUUACGAGAAAAGGUUUGGACCAUACUUCUGUCAACCUGUGAUUGCUGGAUUAGGAGAUGAUGACAAGCCAUUUAUUUGCACAAUGGAUUCAAUUGGUGCAAAGGAGCUUGCAAAAGAUUUUGUUGUUGCUGGUACUGCAUCAGAGUCUCUUUAUGGUGCAUGCGAGUCGAUGUACAAGCCUGACAUGGAACCAGAAGAAUUAUUUGAGACCAUAUCUCAGGCACUGCUGUCAUCAGUAGAUCGUGAUUGUUUGAGUGGGUGGGGAGGACAUGUCUUUGUUGUUACACCAACUGAAGUAAUAGAGAGAACCUUGAAGGGGAGGAUGGACUGACCUCACUUCAUAGAGCUGAAAGUCAGAGCUUCCUAUUUCCAGUGCAGCACUCUUUCUCUAAUUUCAAAUGCGAACUGGAGCCUCGUUUUCUCAACUGGAGACUUCUAUCCUGUUGGCGUUCAGGACACUACCUCCUGCCACUUUUUGUAGGGGUAGUUUCUCACCGUCCCAAAAUAUUCUCUUUGGAUCAAGAAUCAAAACUAUUAAAAGAUAUUGUAAUUUUCUUUCUCAGAAUUUUGGUUGUGACUGAUUGAUUAUAGGCUACCUUCAAUGACUGGAAACGCUUCAAAUAUUUAUAUGCUGUUGAAAUUCUAUCUUUUAAGUUCUGGGUUAAUUA